AUGGGAGACAUGCCCACAGUAGUGAAGCCAGCAACACAACCUCCACGUCCAUCAAGAGCAGAACAUGUUUCAUCUGACACCAAACCUGCAACAUCUGAUAUAGUUGUCGCUCCUUCCGAUGCUCCUUGUCCUUCACCUCCUAAGAUAGUCAUAAGCAGCCGCAACAGGAUUGACAUACGGAAAUGGAAAUUCACUCCAAUAUAUGUCGAAGAAAAUGAAGAAACAUGGAGCAGGGUUAUAUCUAAUGCUAAUGUUAUGAGAAGGAAUGUGUUGCAACUACCGCGUGGAGUGAUUAAGAAGUCCCUUAGUGGACCGAUCAGCUCGAUUGAGUUAUAUGGUUCGGAGAAGGGUAUCUCAGAGAAUUGUGUAGUUAAAGUGAGGAAUAAUUAUGAAGGCGAGAAGUAUCUCAUGACUGGUUGGUAUGAAUUUGCUAAACAGGAAGAAUUAAAGAAAUGA